GUCUCUUUCACCACUGCCAUUUGCUUCCUUGACUACUGCUGUUUGCUGCUCUCUUUCGCUUCAGCUCACUUGCCACCGUUUCCAACCCUUACAAUUAACCAGGCUUUAUUAUUAGAAUAAUUUUUGGGAUACUUUUGUUUUUGUGUGUGCGUGAAGCUGUUCAACGUGUGAAGUCCGAACUUCAGAACUUCAAAUGUGGGCUAUUUAGAGGAGGACUGGGCAACAAAUGUGACUCAGCAGCAGUGGGGCGGCGCCCUAGCGCCCUCUAUUGACCAGCAGCCACAGGUUUCUAAACGCCCUCCCUGCCGUGACAAGAAGGGAAAUUACAACUUCUGAAGCAGUUUUUGCAGGACCGUGUAACAAUGAGCUGGAGUUUCCUGACUCGGCUGCUGGAUGAAAUCUAUAACCAUUCCACGUUUGUGGGCAAGCUGUGGCUCACCGUCCUCAUCAUUUUCCGCAUCGUCCUGACCGCCGUCGGGGGAGAGUCCAUCUACUACGACGAGCAGAGCAAGUUCGUUUGCAACACGGGUCAGCCGGGCUGCGAGAACAUCUGUUAUGACGCCUUUGCGCCGCUCUCGCACGUGCGCUUCUGGGUCUUCCAAAUCAUUUUGGUGGCCACGCCCUCGGUCAUGUACCUGGGCUACGCCCUCAACAGGAUCGACCUUGUGGAGGAGCGGGCGGACUGCGGGGGAGCGAGCGGUUUGUCCCGCAAGACAGCCAAAAAGCACUAUCUCACCGAUAGGAAGCAGCGCAGCGCAGUGCAAGUGCCGCAGGACGAUGAAGAAGCUGAGGCUAUGAUCUAUGAGAAGGCAAAAUCGGAGGGCAAGGGCGGCGGCGCGACCAUAGGAGGCGUCGGACAAGCGGACGUCAAGGCGCGCCACGAUGGGAGGCAGCGCAUCAAACAGGAUGGUCUGAUGCGUAUGUAUGUCUUUCAGCUGCUAGCGCGCACCAUCCUGGAGGUGACCUUCUUGGCCUUACAGUACUACCUGUAUGGCUUCACCAUGCCCGCCACCUACGUGUGCUCGAAAAAGCCCUGCCCCCACAAAGUGGACUGCUUCGUAUCGCGGCCCACGGAGAAGACCAUCUUCCUCCUCAUCAUGUACAGCAUCUCCUUCCUCUGUCUGGCCCUCAACAUUUGGGAGAUGCUCCAUCUUGGCGUCGGUACCAUCUAUGACAUUCUAAGAACCCGUGACUGGCGCCUCUCAGACGAAGACCCCCUCGGUGUGUCAAGGGGGUCGGAGAGCGAGGAAUACGACAGCUACCCCUCCCCUUGGAACACGCCAUCCGCCCCACCGGAGUACAACAUCGCCGUCAAGCCCCUCAUGGUGUACACGCGAUCCCCCGGCCAGACCCUCCCUGCCCUCGAGUUCGCCAAAAUUAAAACGGCGGGCCAGCAGAACCGCGCCAACGCAGCCCACGAGGACCGCCAGCGUUACGCCGAUGGUAAAAACAACCUAAAGGUCGCUGCUCCUCACGAUACCGACGAAAAGGAGCCUUUGCCCCAGCCCCAAAAGGAGGCUGACACUCAGCAGAGCCUCCGGAGCAACAAGCGCAAAGCCCCCCGUGAGCACACACACGCCAAGCAGACCUGCAGCAAGGCAAACCAUGGCAGCAGCAGCAGCAGAAGCGUCAAAUACGGAGAGAUAAAGGAUUCUGAUUGGAUCUGAACAUGCAUAGAAUGCGGAAAAUCUAUUAAUUAGCAUUUAAAUACCAAUGCGGUGACCUGAAGUGCCUUGUUUUCAAAGAGGAGUGAUGCUACAUUUUUUUUGGAGUCAAUCUAAUGCCACCAACACCAGGAUACGCAUUAAGAAGCUGCUGCUUUUUUUUUGUUGUUGUUUUUUUUUUACUUUUCACAUUAACAAUUUUCUCCGGGUACUCUGGCUUUCUCCCACAUUCCAAAAACAUGCAUGUUAGGUUAGUUGAAGACUCUAAUUUGUCGACAGUUGUGAAUGUGAUUGUGAAUGGUCUAUAUGACAUGGAAAUAAGCAGGGAGAAGUUGAAAGGUCAUAAGGGUUGACAGCUAUCCGUUAAAACACAAAACACACAAGAGGAAGAUCCAUCGGGAUACUCGAACCUACGACCGAGUCAAUGUGGUGGAAGAAGAAGUGGUCUGUCGCGGAUUGGUGGAGAUGGCCGCAACGUCCGACACUACUGCCCAAGACGAGGCCGAAUGCGCUGACCUAAAAGUGAAUUCAGGAACCAAACAGGCUCACCUGAUGCGCAAACUAAGGCUGUGACCACAGAGUUAUUUCUAUAUCGGGCAGCAGCUGGCUGGCGGACAGGAACUGGUCGUCGCGGCCUUGGUCUAUCAGGAUGUCCAGUUGCGGGCCCGAGUACCCCGACGCCAGAGUUGCGGCGUCGUACGCCUCUCAGGUGACAAAAAGCUGUUCCUCGGCUCUGGAACAAUGAGCUGGAGUUUGCUGACUCGUUUACUGGAUGAACUAUACAAUCAUUUGAUGUUUGUGGGCAAGUUGUGGCUCACCGCCCUCAUCAUUCUCCGCAUCACGCUGACCGCUCUCGUCGGAGUGCCGUCUACUACGAGCGAAGCAUUUUGGAUGCCUACAAUGCCUUUGCGCCGCUUUCGCAUGUGUGCUUGUGGGUCUUGCGGAUCAUUUUGGUGGCCAUUCCCUCAAACUUUUACCUGGGCUAUGUUCUCAACAGUUCAGGUUCAAUAGCCUUUAUUGUCAUUAUGAGAACAUAACGAGCUGGCCGACAAUAAGACGGCGUGCCAGCGACCCAUCUAUUUUAUUUGUAAAUAUUACCUUAUACAAUCUGAAUGUAUCUGAAUUUUAUUUGUAAAUAUUACCUUAUACAAUCUGAAUGCCCCUCCUUGAGCCGUCACCUUGUCGUGGUGGAGGGGUUUGUGUGUCCCAGUGAUCCUAGGAGCUAAGUUGUCUGGGGCUUUAUGCCCCUGGCAGGGUCACCCAUGACAAACAGGUCCUAGGUGAGGGACCAGACAAAGCACGGCUCAAAGACCCCUAAUGAUGACGACAAACAAUGGACUUCGUUUUCCCUUGCCUGGACGCAGGCCACCGGGGCCCCCCACUGGAGCCAGGCCUGGUGGUGGGGCUCGAAGGCGAGCGCCUGGUGGCCGGGCCUGCACCCAUGGGGCCCGGCCGGGCACAGCCCGAAAGGGUAACGUGGGUCCCCCUUCCCAUGGGCUCACCACCUGUGGGAGGGGCCAUAGGGGUCGGGUGCAGUGUGAGCUGGGCGGUGGCCGAAGGCGGGGACCUUGGCGAUCCGAUCCCCGGCUACAGAAGCUGGCUCUAGGGACGUGGAAUGUCACCUCUCUGGCAGGGAAGGAGCCCGAGCUGGU